UGCAACUCCCAUCUACCUGCAGGGGGCCACUCCGGACAGUGUAGUUGCCUGUCUGUAUUCCGGAAUCUCAUUCGAUCGCAUAGCCAUUGCUUCCGCUGAUCGUGCACCGCGAUAAACCACACUCCCAUCGCUAUACGGCCGUUCAGCAUCAGCUCGUUCCGUCUGGACUGACGAUGUCAAAUAUCUCUCAGCCCGAACUGGACUUCUGGGAGUUCGUGAACUGCGCGCGGUGCCAUCUGCCAUUCGAGACAGACGCAGGAACGCCGCCCGUCCCUUUCUGGCUCACUGAGUGCGGGCAUGUAGUAUGCAACAACCAUCUGAACGCCGACCAGACCUGUGCACAGUGCGGUGCACAAGGAAUCCAGCUCAUGCCGCUGCAGAGGGACCUGGAGGCUCCUAUGUCGGAUUGGUUCCGUUCCGUACCGCAAGCUCUGGACAGUGUGGCCUUUUCAACGAGGUUUCAAAUGGAGACCCUCGCCUCGUUGGCGCGGCAUUACAAGAAUAAAUACGUACAGCAGCGCUUGCUUAUCGAUCGUCUCAAGAACGAAUUCAAGGCUAUGAAGAAGACACUCGAGGAUUUGAGGGUAGAAAAUGCUCAGCUGCGGCAACAUACUGAGUAUCAAGGCAUGCCCUCCGAUAUCCCCAACGUAAAUGGGAAACGGCGAAUGGUAUAUAGUCACCAGCACCCAAGCGGCGCGCAAACAAACUCCAGCCCACGUUCCAUCGUCACACCGAUAGGUCCAGAUCGACUAACACUUCCGCCUGACCGUCAGCAGCCGACCUUCGCGCCCGCCGCACAUGUUCCUGAUCAGGUCUUGACCCCACACAGAGAUAGGCCGGGAUCCAGUCGGUUCGCUCAGUAUGCAUCCUUUGUAAUCUUGGACCGUGACUUUGCCUCGGUCAGACUCUCGUUGACGAAUUUCUCCCAGGCAAUACGCGUAUAAUUCUACACACGCCUCACAGUCGGGAGUCGUACAAGCAACGCUGUCCCAUGAACAGGCAGCUCCUAGGCAUGCCUUGGCACGACAAUCUCAAGCCCGACAGUCGUCUGGACGUACGCAUAUAUCCA